AGGCACGUGACUCAACAUCAACAGUGAUCAGCUGACAAGUUUAGAGGAGGAGAGUUUGAGAUGGUAUCGUAACUCUGCGGCUCCCCGUCUCCUCUCAAUCUGCGAGGGUUUUUUUUUUUUUAAGCUAAUAAAUUUGUUUCCCGCUUCGGUUCCCCACCCACAAUGAGCAUCAACAACGAUGUGGACGUGGUCCGUGAACGCACCGCCCGGGACACCGAAGAGACUGCACCUCUGUUACAGGGAGCUGUGCUAUCCAGAGCCAGAGGUGCCUCCUUCGCCUCCUCCGUGUUUAACCUGAUGAACGCAAUCAUGGGCAGCGGCAUACUGGGUCUAGCUUAUGCCAUGGCUAGCACUGGAAUAGUUGGGUUUUGUAUCCUGUUGGUGCUGGUGUCCAGCCUGGCUGCGUACUCUAUACACCUCCUGCUGAAGCUCUGUGACCAAACAGGUAUCAAUUCAUAUGAAGACCUCGGAGGGAAAGCCUUACAAAAACCAGGAAAAGUUCUGGUUGGAAUCGCUAUUCUUAUCCAAAAUAUCGGUGCCAUGUCAUCCUAUUUGUUCAUCUUGAAGUCGGAGCUUCCUGCAGCCAUCAGCAGCCUCCUGAGUGCAGACAGCACAGGAAAUGCCUGGUAUGAGGAUGGCAGGCUGCUUCUGAUCAUAAUCACACUUUGUGUCAUUCUACCUCUGUCGUUGUUGCCUAAAAUUGGCUUCCUGGGAUACACUAGUAGUCUCGCCUUCUUAUUCAUGCUGUACUUUGCAGUUGUGGUCGUGGUCAAGAAAUGGUCCAUCCCCUGCCCACUGCCCCACAAUAUAACAUCCCUUUCAGGUGCCUUCAAGAUAUCAAAUUCCUCUGACUCAGAGUGUUCUCCAAAACUCUUCGUCAUCUCUAGUAAGAGUGCCUAUGCCAUCCCCACCAUGGCCUUCUCCUUUCUGUGCCACACGGCUGUCCUGCCGAUCUACUGCGAACUGGAUCGACCUACCAAAACCAGGAUGCAGAAGGUCACGAAUAUCGGCAUCAGCCUCAGCUUCUUGCUGUACUUUAUUUCUGCGCUGUUUGGCUACCUCACCUUCUACGCUCACGUGGAAUCCGAGCUGCUCCUCAGUUAUGAUGCAUACUUGCCCCGGGACAUCAUGGUGAUAACGGUUCGACUGGCCAUCCUCCUGUCUGUGCUGCUGACUGUGCCACUUAUACACUUCCCUGCCCGUAAAGCUGCGAUUUUGAUGCUUUUCGGGGGGCGUGAUUUUUCUUGGCUGAUCCACAUCGCUGCAACUCUAACCAUCCUGUGUGUGGUGCUGAUACUCGCCAUCUUUGUGCCUGAUAUCAGAAAUGUGUUUGGAGUAGUAGGAUCAACAACAUCCAGCUGCCUCUUAUUUGUUUUUCCGGGCAUCUUCUACCUCAAAAUCAGAAGGCAGCCCCUCAGGUCCUUCGACUCUGUUGGGGCUGCACUACUCGUGGUCUUUGGCGUGAUUAUGGGAGUCAUCAGUUUCUGUGUUAUCGUCAUCACAUGGGCAAAGAGCUCCUAGCCCCCUUCUGGUCUCCUCCCCCAGACCAACAACAAAACCAAAGAAAAUGAAGCGUGCACCAAACAAACUGAAAGUCGAAUAAAUAAAGGGAACAGCAUCGCCCCCAGGCAUUUUAUUUAUGAUAAAAUUAUUCUACAUUUGUUUUUUUCAUGUUCUUUCCAAUCUCAGCUGAAUGUUUACAUCUCCUGUACUGUACUGACUUUUGUACUGUACCAAAUUCAGGGCAAGUCUUGUCUUUUUUUUUUUCAAAUCUGAUGUGUGGGUUUGUGAUACAAAGCUGUAAAUUUACUUUAAUGUGCUUGUUUUUUCAUUCCUACUUGUUCUGUGUUUGCGAUUUUUGCACUUUAUGUAAAUUAUUGACCACCUGAUGAAGACUACAUCGAAGUUUACUGCUCUCCUAAAUUUUGUAUGUGACACUAUAUGUAUUUGUAAACACAGUGGAAAGGUUUUAUGAAUCACAUUUAUUUUUUUGGGCAUUUGUUUUGAGUGUCUUUGAGCUUUGAGCAGUCUAAAAUCAGGUAAAACUAUUUCUGCUACACCGUCUGCUGCAGUGAAUGUGAUAAAACCGGUGAUCAGUUUGUUGGUUCAUUAUGGCGCGCGCCACGUGGGCCUAAUUUAAAAUGAUGUGUUAGAUUGUAUCAAAUUGCUAGCACUUGAUAAAAGAGACACUGUUUAUGUAAUGACAUGUCAGUUUUGCUCUAUUUAACCACUAAAAUGUCUUUAUCAGUAUUCUGGAAAGCUCAUCAGUCAAAACAUGUCUGCUUGUUUGAUUGGCAGGCACACUGCUGAGGCCCCGCUCCUCAGUUGUACUGUGGUUUUCAGCCUGUAGCUAAUGAAAGCCACAUGCUCUGUACGUUUCUAAUCAUGAUGCUGUUUAGAUUGUCUUCAUGCUGCCUCUGGAACCUACGGCCACCCGACUGCUGCUUUUAAUCUGAGGAAUUAGGCAGGCUGGCCCCCGCCAUCCCUGCGAGAAAGCAGCGGCUGCAGGAUUUUCACGCCACCCUUUUUCCUUUUUCUUUUUUUUUUUUUUAAAGAAGAUUCAGUAAUGCAGGGAAUGUCCCCCUGCUUCAAUCCACCCCUCUUAAGGACACUCCCAAACAUAAAGGGCACCACAGCUGAAUAUAUAUUUGGUUGUCAUAAGGGGUAGAAGCAAUGAAGUAUGACAGCAGAAAAAAAUACUGAAGUACAUUUUUCCAAAUAAUUGUAAUAAUUUGGGGCUUGAAGGAAUAAUUUAAAGAAAUGCCAGUGAGAAAUUCCUUAGAUAAAGUAGCUAUAAAUGUAGUGGGAAAACAACAGUGUUUCUGACAAAUAGGAACAGAAAUUAAGAAUCCUGAUCCUCUCCUGCACCGGAUCGUUAACAAACCUCUAUACUAAACGCAAAAGCAGAGCAAGAUUGCCACCUAGUGUCAGACUGUGUCCACAGCAGUCCAGGUCAGCACCAUCUCACAGAAACUCAGGCGUCCUAUGUUUUAUCAAAACCUAACUAGGUGAAGAUAACCACAUGCUCAGAUAUUUUUCCAGGUUUAUAAUGAGCUGGAAAAAUGCAUGUUAACUCAAACCAGAGCUGGGUUUUGUUUUGUUUUUUUUAAUGGAGAUCUGACUGGGUCCCGAGUCCUCGGGCCCAGAGGUGGGAGUGUUUUUGUUUAGUUAAACUCACUCACACCCUGGGCCCAUGUCCAGCAGUAUGACAGCACCAUCUCCCAGGGUUAAAGGAUGGAAUGAGCCAGCAGAGGAGCGAUGGUGGGCCGGAAUUAAGCCCCCGCUGGCAGCCGCCACUUUUGUAUUGUUUCAAGAGGUGUCGGCUGUGUUCUUUGAAAAUCAUUUUCUGUUGUUGGAAAUCAGGAGAAGGGCUGGCUUUGAACCUGGUGUCCUCACUUUGACCUUCAGCCUAGUUUGCCCAUCCUGUGUGUGAAAACAGGCUGGGAACCACUGGAUUAGAUAUGCAGAAAGUAUUAUCUACGUUUCUACAGGUGGCUGGAGACUGUUAUCAGUGUGUCUUCUCUCUCCCUCCCCUCACCCCACCCGGUCACGGCAGAUGGCUGCCCCUCCUGAGCCUGUUUCCGGCUUUUUUUUCCUGUUAAGAAGGAGUUUUUCCUUCCCGCUGUUGCCAAGUGCUUGGUCACAGGGAGUCGUCUCAUUGUUGGAGUUUUCUCUGCGUUAUUGUAGCGCCUUUACCAACACAAAGCAACUUAAGGUGACUGUUGUUGUG